AUGCGAGAGAACAGGGCCUGGGACAACAUGAGCCUCGUACCGUACUUCGAUCGGCAUGAGGAUAUUUACAACGAUUUUACGACGGGAUACAGAUUGUUUGCGGUGGUAACCUUUGUGAUGAAAGUUUAUUAUGUGCGGAGGAUCGCGAGUUUGUCAGCGUUGCAUAUCAACUUCAGAAUUACAAUUGUAAGUCGGCCUUAGUUUAACUUCUCUGGCUGUCUCCCCCAAUUUAUCGUAGCCUCUCACAAAAAAUCAUUGUUGAAUUUCUCAGCCGCCUCUCUAAAGUAGAGCAUAUUUAUACGAAAAUUGAGAAAUUAAGAAGCAAAGUUUACCUUAAAUCUUCCUUACGAAAAAUGCAUUUUUAUACAUACUUUUCAGUGCAAUACAGUAAUCUCCAUGGAAAUUAUGCAUAUCACUCUACUUCUUGGUCACAUUUACAACGAUCUCACAAUUGAUAAUGAGAAUCGUUUGGGUGUGAAUAUCGGCUGUACUGUUCUGGGCAUGCUGAACAACAUCGCGGCAGUAGACGCGUCUGUGAGUAUGCUAAUGCUCGCCGUUGAGAGACAAUUGGCGUACAAUUUCGUCGAUGUGUAUGAGACAAAGGCCAGGGCUCUGGCGUGGACUCUUGUUUUCAUCAUGGUGGGUUGAAUGUACUCUUUUUCAAUUACAGUUUGGGGCGUUUGUAGCAGUCAUAUUUUAUGCUGUUUGAUUGGAAAAAUAUUAAGGAUGUCUGAGAUAACGUAUAAUAUUUAUAGAAAAAGAGAGAUUUUAGUAUAAAAUUGCAAAAAUAUGUAAAAAUAAAUAUGUAAAAAGGAGUAUGUUACAUUUUUUUCAACAGUCUACUCUUUUUUUACACAUUAAAACUUACAAUUUUACAACCAUCUUUUUUAGAAUAUUAGCUAGAAUUUACUUUUAAAAUUUUUUUAUUUUUACAGUAUCCUUUUUCAGCUCGGUAUCAGCCUCACUGUCGGGAUCUUUUCCUGGUACGUAUUUAUGUUCCUAUACAACGACUUUGACUUCUACACCUCGCGGAUGAGUUGCCUGCCAAUCCACAUCAACUGGUUCUACGAGGUGGCUGCUUUCACCUUUUCGUCAUCUUCUUGUUUGUUGGGAGCGGCGGUAAGUUUAUAUCUUAUUCAUUUGUAUAAUAUCAAGAUGCUUUUUUGCAUAGAACCAGAAAAAUUUUGAUUUUGGUUUAUUUGAAAGUUAGCAAAGCGCUUUCACCUGGCUCAAUGCAGACGGCUCAUUGUGGAUUCAGUUUAAAUAUCUUGUAAAUGUCUGCUGGUUGAGUUCAAAGUAUAAAAUUUUAUAUCAAAUGCACAAAACUCAAAAAGGAAUUCUAAGAAUUCACAACUGAACAGUUGCAACAACGCGUUGAGAUUUAAAAAAUUAAAAAAUUUUAUUGUCAUCAAAAUUUCAAAGCCUUCAAACUUACCUUACCUUCCGAUUUCAGUGGCUCGCCGUUCUCCGAAAGAGCACCAGACAAGGCCGAUUGAAUCGUCUGAGCCUUCGAAGUCUCAGUGCUCGCUUUCAGGCCACAGAGAACUCGUACACAACAGCCUCCAUCUUCCCGUCCAUGGCCACUUUUGUCUUGGCGGCGUGGACUGGUCUGGCGAUCGGAGUUUACCGUGGGAUUCUUGCUCAAAAAUAUGGCGAUCAUACUGUAUUUUCCAAGUUUCUGGGCGAUGUAAGUAGCCAAAUUACUUUUUUUUGUGACAUUUAAGGGUAUUUUUUAUAUUAUCCAUGACAUUUACAGUACUGCCUUUAAUUUGGCCCUUAAACCAUUAAAUUUAUAGUGGAAAUUAUGAGUUAAACAGGCUCAUGGAUUUCUAGCUGUAAUUUCUGUUGAUUUCGAAAGCUGUUUUCCCCGGAAAUUAGAUUAAAUUUACUCGCAAAUCUUGGCAACAUCUCGUGCCAUUUUUGUUUUUUACGAUAACCUUUAAAGAACGACCAAGUAUUAACUGAUACAUUAGGAAAACAAAUGUGAAAUUAGGUGUAUUAAUGACCCCCUUGCAUGUGUAAAGUGCGUACAAGGGAGAAAGAAAUGCAAAAAUAAGUUUAAUGGACGGGUUAGUGUAGGACAUGAGGAAUGUUACGGCACUCGGUUUUCAACAAAACAAUGGAGGUCUUGCACAAUAAAGUUCGGUCUGAAAAGUGGAUAAAAGGUGUGAAAGGCUAGACAAUUACAAUGGGGGACCUGAUAAAGUGGCAAAAAACGUACCCAAAAAAUGUGGCUGGCAAAAUACCUUCAAGUGAAAAAACUCAGAUUUCAAAGGCGAUCCUUUGAAAUCUCCGGAUCUUUUUGUGACCAAAAAUGGCGCUCCCUCCAAAACAACUUUUUUUGAACUUGGGGAUGGAAGCAUUUUGCCACAUUUUUGAUACUUCCCGGAUGCAAAAUGGUACAUUUUUUGCCACUGGAUCAGGUCCCCCACUGUACUGCCAAAAAAGGGCAUAGCACCGAUUUUGAUGAAGUAAAUUGCAAAUAGAAUAGAAUUUUGUGGCAAGAGAAGCCUUCAAGCCGAACACUCAAAGUUUCUUACAAGGGAAGUCACUUUUUUCGCAGACGGACUUUGGAACGGCACCUAGUAGGUUUCAAACCUGAAGCGUCUGCGAUCAUACAACUGAUUUCCAAAAGUGUUUACGGGGCUUCUCGGCCGAGAAAAUCGACCGCAAAGUUUAGCCGAAAUGAGCGAAUAGCCUCCUCAAAAGAAACAGCUUAUUUCAUCUGCAGUGGUGGCCGAGUGGUCAGCGCGCUCGCUUUUUGCGCCAGAAGACGUGAGUUCGGCUUCGGUCGCCUGCGGAUGCAUUUCUUUUGGCCAUUGAAUCAAAUAGAGAGAUGCCGUUAACAUCACAUAUGCUAAUUAUUAGCAAUUUUUAAUAAAACACAAAUUUAGGAACUAUAUCUUCAUUAACCCAGCCCUGUUUUGACUUUACAAUAUUCAUGAACAUUCAGCUUUGAAUUUACGUUUAAAUUACUGUAAAAAAUUACAAAAGUGUAUACAUUUUAUGUUUACAUACUAAAUCAAUAUUUACGAACCAAAAAAGAAAAUCAACUGCGCAGAGGAUCGAACCCGCCUCUUCUGGCGCAAAAAGCGAGCGCGCUGACCACUCGGCCACCACUGCAGAUGAAAUAAGCUGUUUCUUUUGAGGAGGCUAUUCGCUCAUUUCGGCUAAACUUUGCGGUCGAUUUUCUCGGCCGAGAAGCCCCGUAAACACUUUUGGAAAUCAGUUGUAUGAUCGCAGACGCUUCAGGUUUGAAACCUACUAGGUCCCGUUCCGAAGUCCGUCUGCGAAAAAAGUGACUUUCCUUGUUAGAAUUUGGAGCACAAGUUCUGGACUAAACUGAAAUUUUUGGACAACUUUCAACCAAAAAAAUCAAAGAAUUGCAUGUUUGUUAUAGCAGUGUUCUAAGUGUGAGGAACAUCUCAUUUGACUGUGUUUUUCGAACGUAAAGGACUUCCCUUGCAAGAGUUUAGUCAAAAAUAUUGUUUACUCUGGCCAUUUCUCCUCAUUUAACAUCGUCUCUCGCUCUUUUUUUAUAAUAAAAAAUUUAAUAAUUUUUUGGCCAGAAGAGAAUCAACCUUCGCAUUAACUAACGGUAAACUUUUCAGGUCGGCUUUCUGAUCGUGGAUCUGUAUUCCCUCUGCCACAUUUCCUGUACCAUUGCCUACGUUCCUCUCGUGAAAUCGGCCUUUGUCCGCGACCUCAAUCGCUUGACUUGUUGGCAAAUGCCUCGAAAACCCAACAAGUUGGAUUGCUCCAAUGCCGGCGAGAUCUAUUUCGACCAGUUGAAGGACUCGUGGAAUCGAUGA